AUGUCAGAAAAACCUGCUCGGCACAUUCUAACGCCGCUAUUGCUGAAAAAAGUCCCACCAAUACCUACCGAUGACGAGAGAAGAGUUUACCCCAAGAAGAUGAAUCCAUUCUCAUGGAUCUUCUUCUGGUGGAUUAAUCCUAUCAUGAUGGCUGGUUAUAAGAGGAAGUUGGCACCAGAAGAUUUGUAUAAGUUGAAUGACGAUAUCCAGGUGAAAACCAUGACCGAUAACUUUUCGAUGCAUUUCCAGAAACAGGUUGCUAAAGCUGAACAGAAGCAUCUCGCCGCCAAAUUGAAGGCAAGAGGCGAGUCCAGCGUUAAUCUGUCGAAGAGCUUGACCGAAGACUUGGAGGAUUUCAAAGUUCCAAAGCUCAUCGUCAUCUGGACAUUGAUGCACACAUUUGGAUACCAGUACUUCAAGGCAUGUUUCUUCUUGAUGAUGUCCCUGGUGGCCCAGACAUGUAACCCCUUGCUUUCUAAAGAGUUGAUUAAGUUUGUUCAGCUCAAGGCCAUGGGAUUGGACCCACACAUGGGUAAAGGUGUUGGAUAUGCCAUUGGUACUUCGUUUUUGGUGGUCACAUCCGGUAUUUUGAUCAACCACGCCUUUCACAGCUCCAUGCUUACGGGUGCUCAGGUGAAAGGUGUGCUUACGAAGGCCAUGUUGGACAAAUCUUUCCGUUUGAGUGAUGGUUCCAAGCACAAGUUCCCCACAUCUAAGAUUACUUCCAUGAUGGGCACUGAUCUUGCCCGUAUUGACUUUGCCUUGGGUUUCCAGCCAUUUUUGUUUACUUUCCCUAUUCCAAUCGCCAUUUCCAUUGGUAUUUUGUGCCAUAACAUUGGUGCCUCUGCCAUGGUGGGUGUGGGUCUUGUGUUCACCUACUUGAUCAGUGUUAUGAUUCUCACAGGAAAGCUUUUCAAGUUUCGUCGUUCUGCCAACAAAUACACCGAUACUAGAGUCAACUACAUCAAGGAGGUUCUCAACAACUUGAAGAUGAUUAAGUUCUACUCUUGGGAGACUCCAUAUAGCAAGAUGAUUGGCGAAAACAGAUCCAAAGAGAUGCACAUUGUGUAUUUGAUGCAAGUGGGUCGUAACUUGAUUACCUCUGGAGCCAUGGUCUUAACACUUUUUGCCUCCAUGGCUGCGUUCUUGACCUUGUAUGCUGUCUCCAACAAUACUAAGUCUCCUGCUGCGCUUUUCUCGUCCGUUUCAUUGUUCAACUCGUUGGCUCAACAAGUUUUCAUGCUUCCAUUGGCCUUGGCUUCUGGUUCCGACGCAAUUGUUGGAGUCAUCAGAGCAGGUGAAUUUUUAGCUGCUGAGGAGGUCGACAAGGCCGCUACUACCAUCGACGCAUCUCCAGAAAUGAAGGAGGAAAUGGACAAGAGAAAUUUGGCUCUUAAAGUCGACCAUGCCUCAUUCAAAUGGGAGACAUUUGAGUCAGACAAGACAUCGUUGAAAGAGGAGGCCCUUGAUGAGAAGCACCCCAACGACAAUAGCGAAGAUGGUUCCAAUCUCGAAAAAACAGCUGCAGAAUUGGAAUUGGAGUCGAAACUCGAGAGGAAAAUGACCAACUACUCUUCUACAUCAACUACGCUUGAUGCCACUAUCUUCAGCGGAUUGGAGGAUAUUAAUAUUGAGGUCCAGAAGGGUGAGUUUUUGGUGAUUACCGGCGUUAUUGGCUCGGGAAAGACCUCACUCUUGAAUGCCCUUUCUGGUUUCAUGAAACGAACCGCUGGAUCUGUGAGUAUCAACGGAUCCUUGUUACUUUGUGAGACUCCGUGGAUCCAAAAUGCAACUGUUAAGGAAAAUAUUUUGUUUGGCCUGCCUCUUGACGAAAAGAGAUACAAGGAGGUCAUUUACUCAUGCUCCCUCGAGAGUGACUUGGAAAUCUUGCCUGCCGGUGAUCAGACGGAAAUCGGAGAAAGAGGUAUUACUUUGUCUGGAGGACAGAAAGCUCGUAUUAACUUGGCCAGAGCUGUUUACGCUGGAAAGGAUAUUAUCUUGCUCGAUGAUGUUUUGUCUGCCGUAGAUGCCAGAGUCGGAAAGCAUAUCAUGAACAACUGUAUCAUGGGUCUUUUGAAGGACAAGACUAGAAUCUUGGCUACGCAUCAGUUGUCUUUGAUCGGAUCUGCUAAUAGAGUUAUUUUCUUGAACGGAGACGGAACCAUCGAUGUGGGCAGCUUGCAAAGCUUGAAAGAGACUAACGAAGCAUUUCAGCAUUUGAUGGCAUUCAACUCUGAAGCCAAAGAGAAAGAAGAAGAUGUUGAAGAAGAGACUGACGCUAAUGAGGUCGCCGAGACUGAAAGAGAAUUGAUUGAACGUCAACUUACCAGACAAUCCACCAAGGUUUCCAAAGCAGUUACAGAAGCAGAUGAGGAGGCUAUGCGUUACGAAUAUAAUACCAACGAAGAAAAGGAUGGACAUUUGAUGUCCAAAGAGAGAGCCGCUGAGAACAGUAUUGCUUUCUCGGUCUAUAAGCGUUACGUGAAGUAUGGUUCUGGUAUUUUCAAACACUAUUCGAUCCUUCCUUUGGUUGUGAUCUUGACUGCGGUCUCUGUUUUCUGUCAAUUGUUUACUAACACAUGGUUGUCGUUCUGGUCCGAGCAGAAAUUCCAUGGAAAAUCAAACGGCUUUUACAUUGGUUUUUACGUCAUGUUCACAAUCUUGGCUCUUGUCUUUUUGUCUACCGAGUUUGUCAUCUUAGCAUACAUGUGCAACAAGAGUGCAACAAAUUUGAACUUAAAAGCCGUGGAGAAAAUCUUGAGAGUGCCAAUGGCAUACAUGGAUACUACUCCCAUGGGUAGAAUUCUCAACAGAUUCACCAAGGAUACUGAUACUUUGGAUAACGAGAUUGGAAACCAGGUGAGAAUGGUAAUUUUCUUCUUCUCCAAUAUUGUUGGUAUUAUCAUCUUGUGUAUUAUCUACCUCCCAUGGUUUGCAAUUGCUGUUCCUUUCUUGGCUUUUGUGUUCGUUGCCAUUGCUAACUUUUACCAAUCAUCCGGUAGAGAAAUUAAGCGUUUAGAGGCUACUCAAAGAUCUUUCGUUUACAACAACUUCAACGAGACCAUGAGUGGAAUGGAUACCAUCAAGGCAUACAAAGCACAGGAUAGGUUUAUCACUAUCAAUGAAAACAAUAUUGACAACAUGAACGAGGCUUACUAUAUCACCGUUGCUAACCAGCGUUGGUUGGCCAUUCAUUUGGAUUUAGUUGCUACCGCUUUCGCCUUAUUGAUUUGUCUUCUUUGUGUCUUUAGAGUUUUCCAGAUCAGUCCCGCAUCUGUCGGUUUGUUAUUGUCUAAUGUUCUUCUGAUUGCCGGACAAUUGUCUUUGUUGGUCAGAACCUUCACCCAACUUGAGAACGAAAUGAACUCCGUGGAAAGAAUCUGUGAGUAUGCCUUUGACUUGCCAGAAGAGGCUCCUUAUAUCAUUCCAGAGACCACUCCUAGAGAGCUGUGGCCCGAGCAGGGAAGUAUUCGCUUUGAGAAUGUUUCUUUGGCAUAUAGACCAGGCUUACCUUUGGUGUUGAAAAACUUGAACUUGGACGUUGGAUCGACUGAAAAAAUCGGUAUCUGUGGAAGAACCGGUGCUGGUAAGUCUUCCAUCAUGACUGCCUUGUACAGAUUGUCAGAGCUAGAUCGUGGAAAGAUUGAGAUCGACGGCAUUGACAUCGGCACCAUUGGCCUCCACAACUUGAGAUCCAAGUUGUCCAUUAUUCCCCAGGAUCCAGUUUUGUUCCGUGGUACCAUUAGAAAGAAUUUAGAUCCUUUCGGUGAGAGUUCAGACGAAAGAUUGUGGGACUCAUUGAGAAGGGCUGGCUUGAUUGAAGAAUCAAAGCUUUCGAUUGUCAGACAGCAGAAUGAGGAUAGUGAAAACUUUCAUAAAUUCCACUUGAAUAGAGAGGUUGAGGAUGAGGGUUCUAACUUUUCUCUUGGAGAGAGACAAUUGAUUGCAUUUGCAAGAGCUUUGGUAAGAGGGUCGAAGGUUUUGAUCUUGGAUGAAGCAACUUCUUCUGUUGACUAUGAAACGGAUAGCAAGAUUCAAGCUACAAUCGCCAGAGAAUUCAAAGAUUGCACCAUUUUGUGCAUUGCUCACAGAUUGAGAACCAUUUUGAACUACGACCGGAUUUUAGUUCUUGACAAGGGAGAAAUCAAGCAGUUUGACACUCCAUGGAAUCUUUUUAAUUCCCGUGAUGGCAUUUUCCGCCAAAUGUGUGAGCGUUCCAACAUUACGCGGGAAGAUUUUCAAUAA